AUGAGGCGGGCCGGGCCCUGGUGCCUGCUCCUGGCUGCGGCCUGCGCCCUGGGCCGGAGCCCGCCGCCGCCGCGGGCCGCCGUGCGCUGCCCGCCCGCCGGCGCCUGCUUCAGCGCCCACCUCGCCAACGUCUCGUAUGCCGAGGCCCGCGGCGCCUGCGACCAGCGGCGGGGCAGCCUCGCCUGGGUCAGCGGCGAGCCGGAGCUGCUCCUGCUGCUGGGGCUGCUGGCAGAGGCGGCCGUGCCCGCACCCGCGCUGUUCUGGGUCGGCCUGAAGAGAAACGCCCCCGCCUGCACCCACGAGGAGCAGCCGCUCCGCGGCUUCUCUUGGGAGGCCGUCGGGGGUGGGACGGACCCGCAGGAGGUGCCGGCGGCGCUCGGCCGGUGGCUGCAGGAGCCCCUGCGGUCCUGCCUCACCGCCCGCUGCGCUGGGCUGCACCUGGCGGCUGACCCCGAGCACGGCCGCAGCUGGGGCUGGAAGGAGCGGCUCUGCCAGCUGAAAAGCCCGGGCUACCUCUGCAAGUACCAGUACGAGGGUGCCUGCCCCGACCUCAGUCCCGCGGGCGCCCUCCACCUCGACUACCGGCUCCCCUUCGAGGAGAGCAGCGGCGGCCCCGGCUUCAGCCCGCCGGGCACCGUGCUGACGGUGGCGUGUCCCGGCGGGGAGGUGCGGCUCACCUGCCAGCCCGAGCCGGGCGGCUUCGCCUGGAAGGCGACAGAGAAGCCCCUCUGCCCCUGCCCCUUCGGCGGCAAGAGCUCCGACAGCGGGCGGUGCGCCGAGGCCGCCGGGUGCCGCGAUGCGGGCGGCGGCUUCGCCUGUGCCUGCACCACGGGCGGCCCGGACGGAACUCCCUGCCCGGACACGGGGCCGGGCCCCACCGCUGCAGGCGGCCCCGCGGAGCGGUCGAGUGCCAGGGCGGAGGGGCGGCAUCCUUCCAUCCCGACACCCGGCGGUUCCACAGAGCCGCCCGCCACCACCACGGCCUCCGCCGACGGAGAGAAGGCUGCUCCUCCGCCGCCCUCCUCCUCCUCCAACUACGUUUUCAUCCUGGUGACGGUCGCGGUGGUGGUGCUGAUCAUCCUGGUCAUGACCGUCCUGGGGGUGUUCAAAAUCUGCUUUAACAAGAAACCCGAGGGCCGGGGGAACAAGGAGCCGCCGGAGGCCGGCAGCAAGACGGAGACAGGCUCCGCGGAGCCCAGCGGAGCAGCGGGCGGUGAAUAGCCCCGGAGCGCCGAGGCCGCGUCCCUCGGGGCUGCGCUGAGCGGCUGCUCCCACCCGGGCCAGCGCUCGGCUCCCCACGUCCCUCCUGCCCCCAAGCGCUGCUGCCGCGGGGAGCCCAGCGAGAGGCCCCGCGGGACUUGGCUGGGCAGGGCUUGCACGUUGCCAGACGCAGGAGCGUAUAGCGAUGUUCUUUUGAGGGGAUUGAAGUCUUUGAAUAGUCAUGAGUUUUUGUCGGUCUGGAAAACAGUUAUUUCGGUGCUGAUUUCACUAAAAUAUAAAUAGAUCAGCCUGGCCGACAGAGCGAUUGCAGCUGCAAGAAUUGUGCAUUUUUAUCCUCUCAUAAACUGUUCUUCGGGUGCCUUACUUGGAGCAAGCAUAAAGUGGACCAGUUUGAGCACUUGCAUCUUGUAAUUUAGAAGUCACUCCUUGCCCGAGUGCUACUUGGAUGCUCUCGUUUUCAAUCUAAUUGCUGGAACUUUUUGGAGAGGUGAACUGCCAUAAUUUUAGAUGAAAUUGCAACCCAAAUACUUUCGUACUGACAUACUUAAAAAAUGAAAGAGCAUUUCUAUACUUAGAAAGUCAUAAAACUGCUGAGGAAGUGAGAGGUUAAUGGGGAGUCAGUUUUAUACUUCAGCUGAUGAAAAGAAUAAAGGAUGAUGUAAAUCA